AUGUUCAGAAUUCUAGAGCUGCCAUUCCUCCCACUGGUUUACAUGAAAGACAACCUCGUACAAGAUGGCCUAGAGAUUACAAUUCUGAGAUGGGUAGGUUUGUUGGAAGCCAUACUCGAAAAGUAGUGCCUUUGAAUAGUACUCGGCAAUGCCUUCCUAUAGCUGGUGCUUCUCCUUUCAUCACUUGUCAUAGUUGCUUCGAGUUACUGCAACUGCCUAAAAAGACACUGGUCAUGGUUAAAAAUCUUAAGCAGAAGAAAAUUAGAUGCGGAGCUUGUUCUUCUGAAAUGAAACUUGCUGUCGUCAAUAAGAAGCUAGUGAUUUCUCCUCAUUCUGAGAUGGAGGAAGCUACCAGACCCACAAGGGUUGAUGAUGCCACUGGUGAGGUUGUGAAUAGUCGUGCAUUCCAUUCCCGUGGUGAUGUGAACACGAGUGCUGUGAACUUCUCAUCUGAUGAUUAUUCUGGUUAUGAUUUUCACUCAGUAGAUAGAGAAUCUUCUGUGCUGGCUGAAGACUCAACCUUAAAGUCGCGAGAGAGGCAAAGUUUCCAUUCUUCAUCUCCCAGUAUUUCUGAUGAUGAAAAUAUUCCAGAAAUUAUGGACUGCCAGGUUGGGUUCAUUCAUCAGCCAUCUAAAGCCUCUCCAUCUCCUUCCACCUGGCAAAAUUCUUUGAAAGAAGUAGUGCUUGCAACUGAGAUGGAUGUUAUUGAUUAUUCUAACACUGGGGUCUCCCAGGAUUCUGGUGAUGUAAGCAGAGAACAUGAUCAUCCUAGGUCUAACAAAAGGAGUGAUUCAUUUUUAGCAAACAUUAUUAAGAAAGAUAAUGGGAAAAGUAAUGUUACUAUAAAUGGACAGCCAAUACCAGAUCGAGUGAUUAAAAAGGCUGAAAAGUUUGCUGGACCAAUCCAGCCAGGAAAUUACUGGUAUGAUUCUCAGGCUGGAUUUUGGGGUGUCAUGGGGGGACCAUGUCUUGGAAUAAUUCUGCCAUUCAUAGAAGAGUUCCAGCAUCCCAUGCCAGAAAAAUGUGCUGGUGGAAAUACUGGUGUUUUUGUAAAUGGUAGAGAACUUCACCAUAAAGAUUUAGAAUUGCUUUGUCGGAGAGGACUCCCCCGCGAUGACAAUAGGUCUUACAUCGUUGACAUUUCUGGGAGGGUACGAGAUGAAAACACAGGGGAAGAGUUGGACAGCCUUGGUAAACUUGCACCAACGUAAGUGCCAAGUCUCUGAUGAUUUUGUUCCAUUUAUCUAAUUAUAGACUAGCUCUUCUGUUGUAAUGUCCUUCUGUGUUUCUAUUCAUAAAAUGCUGGUUUCCUAUUGUUAAGAAUCCAUGUUUGUUUUCUCCUAGCAGUCAGCAUAUUGAUUAGUCAUGUCAAGCUGAACCUAUAGAUAAGGAGGAAUUUCUUCUCAUGCA